AUGCCGAAGCGCAGCAUCAGUGGCGACGAAGCCCAGGAUGAUGUUCAGACGCUCUGCGAGGAGCGCACUUGGUUUGAUGCCGAGAAGCACAGGAGUGAGAUCAGAACCUUUCUGAGGGGCCCAAAGACCACAGAAAAGUAUGGCAUCAUCGACCUUUUCGGUGCUUCUGCGCAGAUGUCCAAAAUUUGGCGCAAAGCGGGUUGGGAGGCUUUCGCUUUCGACAUCAAGAGUAAUCCGGACCACGACAUGACGAGCGCGAAGGGCUUUUGGACGCUGUGUGCUGCGGCCAAGAAGCUGAAGAAGAAAGGCCUCAUCUUCGGGGGACCUCCCUGUUCCCUCUAUGUGUGGAUUUCCAAGUCUAUCCACAAGCGGAGCCAGGAGAACAAGUUCGUCGGGGACACCUCCCGCUUGAAGGUCCGCAUGUCGAAUCGCAUCGUUGCGAACAUGGUUGUCUUCCUGGAGGAGCUCGCGGCGGUUAAGGAGUUCUUCUCGAUUACAGAGCAGCCGAGCUCUUCGGAGAUGUUCAAAAUGAGGAACACGUCGGCCAUGGUCAAAAAGCUCAAGAUGGAGUCCGUUUGGACUUGGAUGGGGCUCUUUGGGCACGAGCUCCCGAAGGCAACGGUGCUGACCGGGAACCUUCCAUCCCUGCCUUCCUUGAAGCGGAAGAUGACUUCCGAGUGGCGCAAGGAGACAAGCGUGUUUAAACAUGUGUUGGGACUGUUCCUUGAGCGCCACACAUCCUUUAAGCCGCUGUGUCCAGGGCUUGAAAGCUAG